CAACACUAGCCUUACCUCAGAAAGGGAAGUGGUUGUGUGUGUGUUGUGAGUGGAGUACCAUGCAUCUGAGGAAUAUCACUCUAAAGGUUCUGGCAUGAAAACCUGAACAGCUGCCAAACAAUCUGACGGUUCAGCUGCCCAAACAUCAAGAUACUAAACCCCCCGGACUGUGUGGAAAAUACACCGCUUUAAAUGGAAUGCAUGACUGAUUGGAAAAAAUAUCUUGGUAGUCUCCUGGAAAACACCUUGGAUUGUUUGUAGUUUAAACUGGUGAUUCAAUGAACGAGGAACCAGUACAGAGUUCUGGCAAAGAGCCUGUGGAAGAAGAUGCGGGACAAAGCACAGAGAAGACGACCACUGAGGCAGAAAACACCCCCGAGGUAGCAACAGCACAGGAGGACUUGGCAUCCUCAGACACUGCUGAUGCAGAGGAAACCCCAAAGUCAGAUCCUGUAGAAACAACCCCAGAAGACACAAAGGAGGAGGUUAAAUCCACGGGUGGAGAGCCUCCUGUUGACUGGUUUGAGCCCCUUGAGGAAGAUGAUGAUGUCAAUAGCACUAACAAUGAUCCAGAGGAGGAAAGCCUGGCAGGAGAGAGUGAAAGGAGUGAGAGUGUGGCGGGCAGUGAGAAGACCCUCAAAAAGAUUUAUCAGCUUCACGUUCCCCGCCGUAAGCGAUCACACCCUGAUGAGGGAUGGGAGGAGUGCCCUGUACUUGGAGAGGGUUGGAAACGCAAAGAAGUUGUCCGUCGUUCAGGUUCAAGCAUUGGCCAGAAGGAUGUUUAUUACCUGAGUCCGCGUGGUGAUCGACUGAGAAGCAGAGUGGAACUGGCUUCAGUGCUGGAGGGAGUUCUUGACUUGUCUAACUUUGAAUACAAGACAGGGAAAUUCUACAAUGGCGAAGCACCACCAACAAGAGUUCGAAACAGAGCGAAGAGAAAAGUACGGGAGCGUUCUUCCUCAGAGUCCAGCUGGAUGGAGAGAGGAGAGGGGGCAGACACUCCAGACUCCCACCACAGGCUCACCCCCAACCAGGGCCCCAAAAACCUAAACGCCAACCAAAUAGGUUUUUCCAUGCAGAGUAUAAUGGGAGCUUCGAACCAUGGUGCUAGCCACAAGGAUGCAGUAGCCGAAGAUAAAAUUAAACUUCCCCUUCCCUCAUCAUCCAGAUCGCUUCCGCUCCCCUCCAUAAAUGGAGAAAUCGGGUCAGAGGACAGCACUCUGAUCUGUGCCAGAUGUGGUAUUUCCUUUACAGGGACCUGGUAUGACAAGCAAAGAAAAAGGCCCUCCUGUCCCACCUGUUGGGCCUCAAAGACAAAAGAACAUCCGAUGAUUCGUUUUCGAAAGUGGAUUCCUUGUGGGCAGUGUGUAGGAUGCCAUAACACAGUGAAUUGUGGGCAGUGUGCCAACUGCAAGCAUGGACUGCAGAGUCCCGAGACCCGAAAACGCAUAUGCCGGAAACGAAGGUGCAUAUGUCCUAUUCGGAAGGGUCCUGGAGGUGGAGGCUUCCUGCAGCAGAGGCCUCCUAAUGACAUUCCUGAAGCAUUUGAUGACAGCAUGAGUUUCCAGCACCCGAGUUUUAAAAGCAGUGACACAGAGAACUUCUCAGUCAAUGUGGACGUAGAUGACGAGGAUGACAUGUCAACUGACGAUGAUGAUGAUUGGCAUAAGAAACGGAAGCGACGUUCCUGCGGAGAAUGCAAAGCCUGUCUCUGCAGGAAAGACUGUGGCACGUGUGAUUUCUGUAUAGACAAACCCAAGUUCGGAGGCAGCAACAAAAAGAGGCAGAAGUGUCGACUACGUCAGUGUCAGAGACAGGCGAUGAGACACUUGCUGCCCUUCCAGAUGGGACAAGGUGACUACGGUGCGGAUAACCCGCUGCUGCCAGGCAGGCCGAGGCCUCACUACACGUACAGUCGAAAGUCGGGUUUAAAGAAGAAGGGAACACAACUCGGCAUGGACUUCACUGACAAUGAAGAUGAGGACAGUAACUAUCAACCAAUGAAUUGGAGCUCCGAGCCCCCCGGUGGCAGCAAACACCCUUACGAGAUGAACCACCAUUCGUCUAUGCAGGACCAGCUAAGCAGAUGGGAUGGAGACAGAUCAGGCAGAGAUGGUCUAAGGCAUGCUGACGAAGAGGAUGAGGAGGAGGAAGAAGAAGAUGAAGAAGACGAGCUGCCCAUGAUCACACAGAUCUUCAGUUUGGCUGAUAGUCCAGCUGCGAGUGGUGUGGACAUUGAAAACCAGCUAAUGAAACUGCUAUGGUCUUUACGCUCCUCCGUAUUGCCAAUCCUAUGGUAUGCCAUAAUGGUGGAGGGCCCACAACUCCAGCUUAUCCAGUGUGCUAAACAGUCCAACAUGGUCGACACCAUAGUGCUGAUCGACCCCGGCUUUUGCUAUCAGGUCACCGUCCAAAAGCAGCCGCUGCUCCCCACCCACCCGCUGUAUGAUGACUACCCAGCACGAUUGACCUCGGUGACUGAAGUGGUGAACCUACUUUUGGGCCUGGAGAAGUACGUUGUAUGCCAGGGCCUGCCUCCCAAAGAACCAUUAUCUAACAAAGACUCAAUCACACUAGAGCGUGCAUCAACAUGUGACUUUUUGGUUAAGAAAAACGUGAGCAUCUGUUUUAACUGCAGAGCGCUGAGAGAUUGAGAACUUUUAAAUUUCUGCAGAGACGGAACAAAAAAAAUCUGUGACCACAUUGGAGACCACCAGUCCUCUGGUACAUCUCUGUGCCGUUUAUUUUCAUUUUGGUUUCUGAUUUUCUUUUGGUGAUAACAUAGGUCACUUUACAGAUUUACCUCUGGACUGUAAUAGUAUGGUUUGAUUAUCUGAAGAAUCACCAAAGGCAUUCCAGGAGCUGUGACAUUAUAAUCAGUUGCAUUUCUUUCUCAGAUGUUUUUUUUGUUUUUUUCUGUCAUGAGUCUAAUGUUAGAGUUUGGACGAUGUGACGGGUAGAGGUCAAAUCUGUCAGCCUGUUGUAUGGUUAAUGUGCUGUUGGUUGGUACACACUCUUACUUGAGGAAUCUGUAGCCCUCCCUAAAUUUUAUCAUUAAAUUCAAAAAUAACUGCGUGUCCUUUAAUCCCAUGUGAACAAUAUUGUCAUUCAUCCAGAUUAUGUGUAACAUAUUGGGUGGAGCUGACCAGCUUGUUAUUUGUUUACAUCUUGUCCACCUCUUCGGUUUUAUAGGAAAUAGUCCAUUUUAUUAAUUCAUCAAAGGUUUUGAUAUUUAUCUGUGCAUUACUGGCUCUGACUUAAUGUUUAAACCUCUAAAUGAUUGUGUAUUCCAGUAUAUGCAAAAAUCAUUGAAAAAAGAGACUGUGAAAUAUACUUUUUUGAUAUUCAACUUGGGGUUUGUUUUGUUUUUUUAGUAAAAAUCUCACUUCAUGUUAAAAAAAACAAACUGAAAAGGGAAAUAUAAAUCUAUACAACUUGACCAAAGUAAAUUCAAAUGUAAAACACAAUGAGUGCCCAAAUAUUCACCUAAAUUAUUAGUGAGUCACACUGUAUGUUAAUUAGAGAUCACCAGAGUCUAGCAUGCAAAGUCAGUGAACAGUACCAACUGUGAAGGAUACAACAACAGUGAAUAUCAUACAGGUCAUAAAGGUCAGUUACCAUGAUCCACUGGGUGAGUUAUGAGACAGUGAUCAGAAAACAAUUGUUGCCUUAACAGUUGCAGCUUAAUGUCUGUGAGACAAAUCCACUGUUAAAGAUAAAACACUAAAUGCCUGAAGAAGUGAGUGCCAGAGGACGUGUCAGUGACUAAAGGGAACAGAAUUGAGGUUUUUAAGCAUUAUACUGACAGCUGUUAAAGUUUAUUUUCCAGACAUUUACCCCAAACAGAAAGUCACAACUAUAAACAAUGUUGUUAAUUUAAGUGUCUGAGUCCAGACCAUAGUGCCCUAAAACUCUGACAAUACGACAAAACAAUAUGGCAUUAAACCUUUCAUUAAAGGUUGGGUUCAAUUUUAAAGGUGUUGUGAAUAAUGUUGUAAACCUGUCGUGACUUUUGAAAUGAUGAGAUUCACUGAACGUUAAUCUCGGUAGAAAGUUUCUUUUUUCUUUAAGUAUUUUAGUCUUUUUCACAUUCAUCAAAAUUUUUGGGCUGCUGCAGUCAGGGCAUGGGCUGGUUUAGAUCAGCUGAUUCAUCAUCUAAAAUGUGCUGACAUUUUACCACAGAAACCAGAAUUCCUUUGUAUGAUUUUUUUUUAUUUUUAUGUGAUACCCUGAAAUAAAACUUGGUUUUGUAGCCAAAAGUCUUACAGAUGACAUUAUUUAUUAAGCUGGUAAAAGCGUGUGAACCCUCCUUAAAUCAUGUCCUUCCGUUUCUGUUCUUGACUCAUAUUAUUCUCUGUAUUUAAUGUAUUUUAAACCUUUUGAUGGAUUUUUAAAACUGAACUAUGU